AUGGAGCAUCCAGGAAUCUUUCGGCGCAAUGCCAUUUCUCGGUUUGCUUUAUUCAUCGCACUGUUCAUGAACUGUAACCUAACAUUUGACUUCCUUAGAGCCCGAGCCCGUCCGGCCUCGACAAGUGAAUCCAUUCAACAACGCAUUGGCGAAGGUCUUCCUUCUCACCCCGAGUAUCCGUAUGAGGAGUACAAUCCUUUCUCUUCGGAGUCAGAUAUCAAGGAUUGUUCUGUUGAGGAAAAAGGUUUCCGCCAUUUUCACAGUGCAGCUCAACCAGGAGUCUCAUUUUCUGUUGAUGUGGAUAGGAUCCCUUUAAGAAGACAAGGGAGUGACAAACCACAUAUAAGCCUUCCUCAGGCAUAUCAAAGUUCGAAACAUCAAAGCAGUGUCGGAACACAUGAUCUUUGUGUUCCAGCUGCAGCAGACUAUACACGAGAAACUGUUAAGCUAGCAGAGCGGUGUGCCCAAGAAGCUCUCGCUGCAUUCCACGAAGGGCAGGGCCACGCAGAGCCGAGUCGAUCUCAAUUUUUACAAGGCACUGGAGCCCAAUUUGAUGGCGACGAUAGCCUCCCCUCCCAGCAACUAGGUCAGAGCCGUAACCAGUAUACACCUUCAUUAUACUCUGAAUCUGAGCUUAUUGGUACCGAUUGCCUUGCAAAUCCAGCCGGGCAGCGAGUUGGCCCCUAUCGAAGCGCGUGCGAGUGCUGCCGUAUACCCCGUCUUCACGAACAGGAUUCGGAUUUAGACUUUAUCCGACAGCCUCCACGACCCCUUCAUUCUCCUGUGAUAAGUUUACAGCCACCUAAUCUUCAGGUUGAAAAACUUCGCUCUCGGAAAACUAGUCCCCCGAGGGUUGGCCCACCAAGCCGACAGCUCACAAAAUUCCCUCAUCCACACCAGUUCGACACUUCCAGUAAUCGGGCGCAAUUUGACCCGCUCAAUUUCUUCCCUUCUGCUGCUAAUUCUCACGGUAAACUCGAACUUCCAGGUCGAGCUCCUGGGCUACGCCGGGUUACUGAGCCUGCUGGUAAGCCUAAAGACGACAUUCCACAGAUUGUUGUCGAGCCUUCAGGUUCCCACCGACGGAGCGUUACUCAGCCCUGUAUUGCUCUCGAUAACGCAGUCGUUUUCAACGGACGCGAAGGUAGCCUUGUUCUUCCAGCGGAAGUCGACGCGCCAGCCUCCCACCCUCAGCACGUACCGACAUCCUCUGUAACUUCGAAACAUCGAAAGAGGAGCAUCCACCGGCUGGCGGAGUCAUUCAAGAAGCUCUUUCUGCCUCGAAGUACACCUGAGACUCCCGAUAUUCGUGCAAAGCAUUUGAAUUCAAAGUCAGGUUCAGAUAGGCAAAAACCCAGCCUUCCAAACAGGUUCUUUAGACGUAAUUCCCAGCAUCAACAACAGCUGCUAGGAAACGCGCGUAUACCAAGAACAGAACAACCACCUCUUCCAAAAAUGGAUCGUUCAAGGUUUCUGGAUCCAUCGUUGGCCAUGAUGGCACUGACAAAACAGAAAUCAGAAGCGAUGCGACUUGCUCGAGAACAGGGUGCAGCCGUCACUGAGAUGUGCCGACGCGCAAAAACUGAAGUUCCUCCAUAUACGUUCGAAGAGCUGAUUGGAAAAGGGUCAUAUGGUAGAGUGUAUAAAGGGCGUCAGCUGUCAUCCCAGAAGUUGGUUGCAAUAAAGGUAAUGGAUAUAGACACACUCGAUUAUAAGGCCAUGAGGGAUUUGAAAGAUGAGUCCAUUAAGGACUUUAUUCACGAAACCAAAGUCUUGCAGCAAGUCAAAGAUGCGGGAGCAAAGAAUAUCAACAUGCUCAUUGAGGCCGUCUCCAUCCACUCACAAUUAUGGCUUAUUUGCGAGUAUUGUCCAGGUGGCAGUGUUAAGACUCUGAUGAGAGCAACUGGGGAUAAGCUCGAUGAGAAGUUUAUUAUACCUAUUGCAAGGGAGCUAGCUGAGGGCUUAAAAGCCAUUCAUGAUGCCGGGAUUAUUCACCGUGAUGUGAAAGCUGCGAAUGUUCUUAUCCAUGAAGAAGGAAGACUCGAGAUCUGUGACUUUGGGGUAGCCGGAGUGCUCCAAACCAAGCUUGAUAAACGAUCGACAUGGAUUGGCACCCCUCACUGGAUGCCGCCAGAAAUGUUUCCAAAUAGAGCUGUGGAGCCCCACCAGUAUGGAAGCGAAGUUGAUGUCUGGGCGUACGGAUGCACACUGUUUGAAUGUGCAACAGGAAAUCCCCCCAACGCGACUUUACGUGAGCGAAUGCAAAUUGGUCGCCAGCUGAAUCGGUUCGCUCCAAAGCUUGAGGGCGACACCUAUUCUGAGAACUUGCGAUCACUUGUAUCGUACUCACUUACCUCUGAUCCCAAGACACGCCCCUCAAUGAAAGACAUUUUAGAACAUGAAUAUAUUGUGGGGUCAAGCGAUACACAUCCGACAGCUAUUCUCAGCGAGUUGGUCCGAAUAUAUUACCAGUGGUCGCAACGAGGCGGACAGCGGAUCUCUCUAUUUAAUCCCGGUGGUGCGUUAGCUGCCGAAAUGCCGGAUCCCGCUAGCACGCUAGAAAAUGAAGACUGGAAUUUUAGCACCACUGCCGGCUUCGAGAAGCGUCACUCAAUACUAGACUUGGAUGAACUAUCCGCUUCGUUAGCUGCUCUGGAUGAGGCUCUUACUCCUACAGCCGCUCCGCGUGCUUUUGGUCAGCCCUCUGAAAUGACUCCAGACGAGAAGGCCAAUUUUGACGAACGCGUCAAACGAGGAGCCGCAGCGAUGGAAGGCCUAUUUAACGAGUCAAAGCCAGACUACAAGUAUGAAACCAAGAAUGAUUUUGUACCAGUGCAGAAGCAGCGGCGUUCCUCGGAUUUGCCUCUUCGAACCGAUACUGAUAGAUCAUCGGUCACAUCAACUUUCAUCGACAUUAACCUUGGGGACUAUGAAUCUGCACAUUAUGCAGCUGGCUCCGCUUCGAACAAUCCUCCGUUUCAACUAGCAGACCCCGAUACCAUUCGAGCAAAUCGCUCUAGCGCUCGUCUUUUCCGCAAUUCAUCAAGUUCCAGCAGUGCAUCUCAAGAAUUCCAACCUCGUGGUCCGCGUCCACCUACAAUGGAAUGGACCUUUGAAUCGGCGACACGUAUAACUGAUGAACCCGAGACUAUGACCCAAGGAAAUCUUGAUGAUCGCUCUGCAUCUGAAGAUGGAACAUUCAAAUCAGAUAAGCGCGAAACCAUGACCUGGACCUUUCCAAUUAUGAAUGCAGAUGAAGGUGCCCCUGGUGACGAUCCCGUGGUGGAGGACGGGCCUAUUGGGGGUGAAGCUGAAGAGCACAUUGACCCCGACACCAUUUACCCUUGGAGAGCCGAUCUAGAAGGCACGAUUAGGGGUCCAAAUCAGCCCUUCCCUACCCUUCAGCCACCACCCCUCGGGAGGAGACGUUCUAGCCGGGCUGAAUCUCCCGGUGGUUCACGUCCUUCAACCGCUUUAUCUGCGCAGUCUGACAUGGAUCGAGACCCAUUUAGGUUUGACGGAGCAUCGAGCCCAUCUAACCCUGGCACCCCUCAUGAAGAGCGCCAUACGCCCACUGACCGAUUUCCAACCAUGCCGCCUUCCAGCUUGUACGAGGACUAUGAAUCCUCAACGCUCGUAGGGUCGUUUAACGACUAUCCAGGCACCAGCUGGAGUCGCGAGACCACGUUGAGGAACGGAACCUCUACGGAGCAAAGACGCCGAUCGGUGGUCUCAUCUCUGUACUCUACGGAUGCCAGACUGGGUGAACCCGUCCUGGAAGCAGAUAGGCCAUCGUCUCUCUAUUUCCCAGAGCCCAUGCCUCCUAGUUCCGAAUCUCUUACUGAGGGGGGUAGCGAAGACACGGUUUCUGCCGAACUAGACCGUCUGCUCGGGGACCUUAUCCAAGGACUGGCUUCCACGAGAGAGGCCUUUGCUGCAGCUGACAAUUUAGGAACAGCAAGGGGGGGUUGAGCCGGAGGGGGGCGAAGGCCUCUUAACUCUCUUCAUUUACCCUUUUCUCUAGAGCAUUUUCUUUUCUUCUUUUUUUUUCCCCCCUUAAAAAGCCGGAGUUUUAUGUGGGAACUUUAGGGCUUGCCAUGAAGGUUUUAGAUACUCAUUUUGCGCGUGGAAAUUUUGCUGUUAAUGGAAUGAUUAAUGACUACUUUCAACCC